CGCGAGGGGGCGGGGCCGGCGCGGCGCCGUUACCGCCCGGGAAAGGGGAGGAGGCGCCGCCAUCAUGAGCUACGGGUACGGAGAUUGGAAUUCGGGCUCGAGCAGAGGGUACGAGGGCUAUGGCUACGGCUACGGCCACGAGGGCUCCGGGGGCUUCGGCUUCGGAGGGGCCGCCGGCAAUUCCUGGGAUUUGGGCAAUUCCGACCCCGACGGGGCCCCCGAGGGCGGAGACGGCGCCGGGAAACAGCGGCAGGAACCGGGGAGCACCGGGAUGCACGCCGAGGCCGAGGGGCUGCAGGGACGGGGCUACGGGGCCGGCCCCGACAGGUACGAUCCCUACGACUCCUACGGCGACUCCCGCGUGAGCGACCACCGGGAUCUGUACCGGGCGUCCUUCGACUACCCGGGGAUUACCCCAACGAUUAUCCCGGGGAUUACCCCAACGAUUAUCCCAACGAUUAUCCGGAAUAUCCCAACGAUUAUCCCAACGAUUAUCCUGAAUAUCCCAACGAUUACCCCAACGAUUACCCCAACGAUUACCCCAACGAUUAUCACGAUUAUCCCAACAAUUAUCACGAUUAUCCCAACGAUUAUCCCGGCGAUUUCCCCACCGAACCGGAUCCCGACUCCUCCUCGGGCGUUUCUACGGCCGCCCCCAUGCCCGGGAGCAGCAAUUCCAGGGCAAAUUCCGGGACGGUUUCGGCUCCCGGGGGGGUUGGGGGGGCCGGGACCGGGGCGCAUUCCCGGGGUUCCCGGCGGCCUGCUGCCCCCGCUGCCCCCGGCGCCGCUGCUGCCGCCCGAGGCCUCGCGCGCCCGCGGCCUCAAGAGGAUGCGCAGGGGCUGCAAGCUCUGGGACGCCGACUGCAGGCCCCAGCGCAAGCGGCCCCGCCGGGACUCCCUGGGGCGGCGGCGGCCGCAGCCGGGCGGACGGACGGACGGACACGGGCGGACGGACGGGUCGGACAACUCCAGCUCCGACAACGAGGAAGGCACGGAGGGAGAAUCCGGAGAAAAGGAAGAAUCCAGAGGGGAAGGGGAGGAUGAAGAGGGAAGAGAUUCUGAGAAAGGAGCCCUGAGCAACGCUGAGGAGAAUCCCCAGCCCAGGCCGCGGCUCCCGGGCGGCCGCAAAGCCCAGGAGCGGCAGAAGAAGCGGCACCGGGACCGCAUGGUCGAGAGGAUCCAGUUCGUUUGCUCUCUCUGCAAGUUCCGUACGUUCUUUGAGGACGACAUCCGGCAGCACCUGGAGAGCAAAUUCCACCGGGAGCACUUCCAGUUCGUGGGCACCAAGCUGCCCCAGCAGACGGCCCAGUUCCUGCAGGUAGGAGUGGCCAACAAGACGCGGAAGACGGAGGAGCGGCGCCGCGGGAUCCGGGACAUCAACGCCGUCAUCCAGCAGAUCCAGAGGGAGCAGGACCUGACCCAGGAGCUGGGCCUGGAGCAUUUCCUGCGCAAGGUGGAGGCCGCUCACUGCUCCGCCUGCGACCUCCUGAUCCCCAUGCACUUCGGCUCCAUCCAGAGGCACCUGAGAUCCCUGGAUCACAACCACAACCGCAGGGCCAUGCUGGAGCAGUCCAAGCGAGCGUCGCUGGCGGUGGCGCGGAGCAUCCUCAACAACAAACUGAUCAGCAAAAAGCUGGAAAAGUUCCUGCAGGGGGAAAAUCCCUUCACGGACGAUGCCGAGGAAAAGGAGGAGCACGAGGAAGGAGCAGGGGAGGAAAAUCCCCAAAAUCCCCCGGAAAAUCCCCAAAAUCCUGAAAAUCCCCCGGAAAAUCCCCAAAAUCCUGAAAAUCCCACGGAAAAU